CAACUAAAACCUGGCCAUCAACUACAAGCAGUUACUCCCCCAGUUGUCCUCCAACUCAGUGUGCAGGAGACAUCCAUCAACAAAACAACUGCUAAAUAUCAAUAAAAGCAUAAACAACUAAACACUAACAGUCUUUUUGUUGGCUUUUAUAAGCAGCAGGAAGAUGAAAUGCCAUCAUGAAGAUCCACCACUAACCAAUCCUGCCUGUCACAGCAGAAGUAAGUCUGUGAUAUUUCUGCAUAUUGUGACAGAUUCCAGGUUUACACAGCUGGAUUUUUUAGACAACUUUGCUGCCUUGAGUCAGUUAUGCCCAGCAGGUCCAUGUUUUCCUCCGCUCACGUGUACCGGCUGCUCGGCCGCGCCCGUCAAGCUGUCGCUAAAGCCGGGAGGAGCUGCUCCUGCUGCUCCUGCUGUCCUACAUCAACAGCAGCCUGGGUCUCUCCAGUCAUCUCCAGCCAUGGCUCUAUGUGAACGCUGUCUACUCCACCGACAGAGCACCAAACCAAGAGGAAACUGCUGUUUUUAAGACGUCCAUAAUGAAACGAGGAAGGACAGGUCUCAGAUCAAAGUGCCAGAUCUUCCCGACCCGUGAGGAGAGGGCUAAGAGCAAGAAGCAUAGUGCGUCCAGCUUCGCCCUGAUUCCAGCAGAGGAAUGGGGUAACCUGCCCCACAACAUCGUGCUGCAGAUCUUCCAGCAUCUGUCCCUCGUAGACCGGGCCAGGGCUUCGUCUGUGUGCCGACACUGGAAUGACAUCUUUCACACCCCAGCCCUGUGGAGGAGGUUCGAGUUUGAGCUCAAUCAGUCGGCCACGUCUUACCUGCGCUCCACUCACCCUGACCUGAUUCAGCAGAUCAUCAAGAAGCACGCCCAGCACCUGCAGUACGUCAGCUUCAAGGUGGACAGCUGCACAGAAUCUGCAGAGGCGGCCUGUGACAUUCUCUCCCAGCUGGUGAACUGCACCAUUAAGACCCUGGGGCUGAUUUCCACAGCGAGGCCGAGCUUCAUGGAUGUUGCUCAGGCCCACUUUGUGUCUGCACUGACAGUGGUGUUUGUCAACUCCAAGUCCCUGUCCUCUAUCAAGAUUGAUGAUACGCCAGUGGACGAUCCGUCCCUGAAGGUGCUGGUUGCCAAUAACAGUGAUACCCUUAAGUUGCUGAAGAUGAGCAGCUGUCCUCAUGUCUCCCCAGCAGGCAUCUUGUGUGUGGCAGACCAGUGCCACGGACUCAGGGAGCUGGCAUUGAACUACCAUCUGCUGAGCGACGAGCUACUGCUUGCCCUCUCCUCUGAAAAACACGUCCACCUGGAGCAUCUGCGCAUUGACGUGGUGAGCGAAAAUCCUGGCCAGACGCACUUUCACACCAUUAAGAGGAGCAGCUGGGAGGCUUUGGUGAGACACUCACCUAAGGUCAACAUUGUCAUGUACUUCUUCCUGUACGAGGAGGAGUUUGAGCCCUUCUUUUGUGAUGAGACCCCUGUCACCCACCUGUACUUUGGCCGCGCAGUUAGCAAAGGGAUGCUGGGUCGCAUCGGACUGAACUGCCCUCGACUGGUGGAGCUGGUGGUGUGCGCCAACGGCCUGGAGCCCCUGGAUGAGGAGCUGAUCCGUAUCGCUGAACGCUGCAAAAGCUUGACGGCCAUCGGGCUGGGCGAGUGCGAAGUGACCUGCAGUGGCUUCGUGGAAUUUGUGAAGAUGUGCGGGGGCAGGCUGACUCAGCUGUCAAUCAUGGAGGAGGUGCUGAUCCCGGACAGCAGCUACAACAUGGAGCAGAUCCACAGCGAGGUCUCGAAGCACUUGGGCCGCAUGUGGUUCCCUGAUAUGAUGCCCACCUGGUAGGCUGACACGAAGCCAGAGUGGAGGGUUGAUAAGGAAGUACGUGACCUUUAAGUUUCAACAGAGUGUGUCCACAGUUACACUUUUCACUGUGAAACUGACACACAGUUUCAGUAUUAGAUUGCAGUGUAAACUGUCUGGCUAUUGUGUGAGCACUCAGCUUUCUUUCUAUGCAUAGAUAGCGUGAUGUGAAAAUUUGGACUGUAGUAGGUAUUUUCUCUCUGUGAUGGAGGACAUUUUGUGCAAUGCCACAUUUACAUUUUUGAACAUGAUCUAAAUUUACAGUCACUGCAGCCUUUCAGCCAUCGUGUAAAUCUAUCUGUAUCUGCCAUCUGCUGGUUGCUUAUGUUUAAAAUAUCACGCUUAAUCUUCAUCUUGAACAUCAUCAAACAUCAAGGAAAAUUCCACCUUCAUGUGCUUUUACACUGCUGUAUAUCUUCAGUAUCAUUAACUUGUGUUGCAAAAUGCAUUCCAGGUGUUUUUGUUAUUGUUGUACUACACAUUUUCACUCUAUCCACUAAGCCUCAGCAGGCCUCAUCUACUUCUGCCUCAGUUCAGGAUUUCCUACAUUUCCCAGAAUGCCGUACAGUUUGAGAAGCAGAGACUCUGCCUGGACUUGCUGUAUCCAACUGUUGGUAGAGUGAGAGCUCUGACAAUAAUGAUGCUAAUGCAGUGCAAGGAGAACAAGAGUUUCCUGUUGAGUGAGAAUCACACCUUUACACAAAACACAAUACGUUUUUUGUAUUCUUUGUCUACGUCUGCCAGUAUCAGUCGAGACUUUGAUAUUAAUUACUUAACAAUAUCUUCAAGUAAAAUAUCUGAAAGUGUUAUUUUAAUUUGAAGGCCCUAAAUGGUGUUACCAUAUUGAACUGUUUAGAUUGUGGUUGUUGUUAAACCAUUCAUACAGAUUGUCUUCUGACAGGUCAACAGUUCCUUUCAUUUUCUUUUUUUCACUGCUGAAAUCAGUUUUUACUAGUGCAAAAGUCUGAAAUCUAAGUUGAUUAGAUUUACAGACAUCUUAUCUUAUUUUUACCUAUCAAACUUCAUUGUUGCUGCAAUGGAAAUAUCUCAGUAUGAUGUUUGUCACCAUCUAAUCCUCAAGAAUAAGAUUAAAUCCAGCCAAACAACGAAAUGGAUACAAUACAAAGAACAAUGUUAAAGCGUGUUGGUAUAUUUUUCUUUUUUUUGUUACAGAAAUAAUCAGUAACAAAACAUUUUGAUAUUUACUGA